CCAGCAUCCCCCGCAAAUCCAAUCCCUCUGGCGCGCACCAAUGCCCCAACUGCAGAACGCCAACUUCCCCGUCUAUGAGGACGGCAGGACUUAUCAUCUCGGCACAAAGCCAGGAGACAUCGCUAAUCGCAUCAUAACAGUCGGGGACCUCGAGCGCGCCCGCAGAAUCUCGGCGCUCCUCGAUGCUGCCCCAGAGUUUGAGUACUGCUCCUCCCGUGGGUUCUUGACCAUCACGGGCUCGUUCAAGUCGGUCCCGGUCAGCAUCGUCGCCAUCGGGAUGGGCACGUCCAUGAUGGACUUUUUCGUGCGUGAGGCUCGCUUCGUCGUCCGGGGACCCAUGGCGAUUGUACGCUUCGGGAGCUGCGGCGGCAUCCGCGGCAUCAGCGCCGGGCAAAUCGCAGUCGCCACCAAGGGCUCGGUGCUCAUCCAGCGCGACGUCGAUGCUUUCUCCGGAGCCCAAGCCGAUGUCCCCUAUCGCAUCUCCAAGCCCGUCCCUGCGGACCCCUUACUGUCGCAGCUGGUCGCCAAUAGCAUGAGGAAGCGGAUCGGCAGCCAAAACGUGGUCGAGUGCAUGAACGCAACCGCCGACUCGUUCUACUCGUCGCAGGGGCGCAUCGAUCCACAAUUUACCGACCGGAACGAGGAUCUGAUCCCGCAUAUCCUUCAGAAGCAGCCCGACGUGCAGACCCUGGAGAUGGAGAGCUUCACCCUCCUUCAUCUGGCCCACUGCUCUCGCUCGGCUCCCUCAAGCCCGGCGACGAUCCGGGCCUCGGCCUGCACAAUGGUUUUCAUGAACCGUAUGGACAACUCGGUCAUCCCAGCGCCCAGAAUCGAGGUUCUUGAGCGCGAGGGCGGCCUCGCUCUCUUGGAGGCCUUGGUGGCGUAUCCAUUGGAAUCUGCCCGUCUGUAGCUGCAAGGCAUGCAGCGGCUCAUAUAUGACGACAUGGGUCACCUCGCUUGAUUCGGAAUAUAUCGCACAUACUUGAGCGGUUCA